AUGGUGCUCCCCAGCAGCAUCACAUCAGCAGCCCGAGCAGUAGCAGCAUCACAUCAGCAGCAGCACAUCAGCAGUCCCAGCAGCAGCAGCAGCAGCAGCAUCACACCAGCAGUCCCAGCAGCAGCAUCACACCAGCAGUCCCAGCAGCAGCAUCACACCAGCAGUCCCAGCAGCAGCAUCACAUCAGCAGUCCGUGCAGCAGCAGCAGUAUCACAUCAGCAGCCCGUGCAGCAGCAGCAUCACAUCAGUAGCAGCAGCAGAACAGCAGUCCCAGCAGCAGCAUCACAUCAGCAGCAUCACAUCAGUAGCAGUAGCAUCACAGCAGUCCCAGCAGCAGCAUUACAUCAGCAGCAGAAUCACAGCAGCAGCAGCAGCAUCACAUCAGCAGCAGCACCAGCAUCACAUCAGCAGCAGCAGCAUCACAUCAGCAGCAGCAGCAUCACAUCCCUAGCAGCAGCAUCACAUCAGCAGCCCAAACAGCAGCAGCAUCACAUCAGCAGCAUCACAUCAGCAGCAGCAUCAUAUCAGCAGCCCCAGCAGCAUCAUAUCAGCAGCAGCCCCAGCAGUAUCACAUCAGCAGCCCGAGCAGUAGCAGCAUCACAUCAGUAG